UGAUAAUCUGAUAUUUUAUCACCAAACUGUUAUGGUGAUUGGCUCACCGUAGUAAGCUUUUGCCGUGAGCAAGAAAAUUGUUUGACUUGUUUGACAAAUAUCGAAUUUUUCCUCAAAUUUAUUCAGUACAAAACACUGUUGUCCUGGGUAGGGUGGAAGUUAUUUUGUCAGGUUUAAAGCGAGGCUGGCGUCUCAAGUUUCGCCAGUGACCUCGGCUGUCACACAAAAAUAAAAUAUGGCGGAUAUAAACAACGAUCAAGAAAGGAAAACAACAGUCGCCUCUCCCACAAAGGAGCGAAAGCUCUCUUUAACAGCCAUGGAAGCUAUGGCAGAGGUUGACAAGCUUAAAGAGCGGGUCCGUUCGUUGUCUUUUAGUAGCACCGUUUCAGGAGAAAGUUCUUGCAGUGAUAGUGGAAGUUCUGGCACACGACCGCUCGUGAAAAAACAAGACGAUUUGAUAAACUGCUUAAGUGUUAUGCGGCGAUUAAUGGAACAGGCGGAAAGCGAGAGUAAAAGAAUGAGAGAGGAAAAAGUCGUCAUUGCUUCCAAAAUUAAUAGUUCUCUUAAUGCUGUUAAUCGGGAGGUGGAGUAUCUAAAAGCCGAACUUCGCGAUCAAGACAAGAGACUGUCAGAUUUGGCCAACAGCAAACUUUCGGAACGUGAAACGAAAUUGAACGAAGCUGGAGUGUCGAAGAGUAAGGUAGAAAUUUACAAAGAAGAUAAUGAAAGAUUGCGUUGCGAAAACGAAUUUUUGACCAGAGAACUUAACGAAUGGAGACAUGGAAACACAGAUUUGGACCAGCUUCGAGAGCGGCUUCAUUCCUGUGAGCACGAAAUCUCGAGAGCUAAAGAAACGAUUUCUUGCAUGAAAAUAGAAAGAAAACGCUUAAAAACAGAGAAGAUGAAUUUACUUCAUCAAAUGAAGGAAGUUUAUGGCAUUUUGGAAGUCAAGGAAGCGGAAUUAAGGGAAUUUAUUCAAAAUUAUGAACAACGGAUGUUGGAAGGCGAAGAAAAGGUAAAACGCCUGGAGACCGAAAAGCGAGUUUGGGAACAAGAACGAAGUGGCUUGUCGAAGGAAUCAGAAAGCUUAAAAUCACAAUUAGAAAUAAAAGACGUCCGGUUGAAAGAGCUGGAAAAUGAGCUUUUCGACAUUAAACAACGUUUCUCUUCGCUUGAAUCUUCGUUUCGUGAAAACAACUCGCAACUGCUUUUCAAAUCAAACAAUUUAAAUGUGGACUCGACAGGAGGGAAGCAUAUAUCGAACGCGUGCAACAACAGGAGAGCAAAUUCUCUUCAAAAUCUAGAAAAUUCACCGAGAUUGCCUCUUGAAAACGCUGGUAAGUUUGCGUGAUUUCGCUCACAUGUUUUGUAAUGUACAUUUCACUGUUUGUUGACCCAGAUAGGUUUCUAUUUUGAGCGAGGAAAGCGGAAAAAAAGUUAAUGUAUUUAAUUUUUCAUGAACCCGAACAACUGCUUAUUCAGGAAAUAACUCUUUGAGAAUUAGAGCAUAAUCGGCCAACUAUCUUAUUUAGAAUCAAAGGUAAAUCCGAUUGCGUUACAAUUCUAGACAGACUAUUGAUUUCACCUCCGAUCUUUUUCACAAGUGUUUUGACAAACACGCCCACUAGCUAAAGUUAUUGCUUUCGCUGUCAAAACCUCGUUUAUUUUACUACCAACUGUUCAGGUGUACGUUCGUUAUUUAAUUUAAGGGAAAAUAUUUUGUCUUUUUACGGAUCACAAAACAUGAGAGGAGGAUGUUUGUUUCACCACACUCCCACGUUUACUUUAAGAUAUUGAUCGACCGGAAACUGUACAUCAAGGCGGCUUACAGCUGCUUUUUUCAGUUGAGUGACUCUAACUGACUUGAGUAUACUUUCCGUUGAUCGUAUCUCCAUUCACCUUUAGCGCACAUCAUCAUUUGUCAAUUCUUUUGUCCCAAUAAUUAUAUCACUUGCACUUGUAGAUUCUAUAAAUGUCUCUUGCCUUCUGUGCGUUUUCAUUGGGUCAUUAUUCUGCUCUCUUAUCUCCGUUAAAACCGUUUGAAAUGUCCUUAGUACACGAUUUCACACACUGAGAUCUUUGACUUUCAUAGUGGGUUUGUAAUCAGACAAACGGUUUGCAGACGUCUUUGUUAUAACCAAACAAAGAUCUUAAUGUGACAAAUUAACUAGUUCACCCAAGGGGUGCACAAGUUAAACAAUUCCUUUUUUGUUUCUGAGCAUCUAGGUGAAACCUAAUAGUACCAAAGAAAAUUGGUCGUUUUAUCAUUUGUUAACUCUAAUGAGCAUCAUUCGUCCUGCAUGCAAGGGCCAGCUACAUUUGUAUAUAGCUUUAGGGCAAAAAAUCAAAUCAAAGGAGGCCUUAAAUUAAUUUUGCAGUGAGCUUAUUGCCUAGGGGUUGGGUGGGGGGACAUUUGUCUCCCUUAUAGAAAUUGUAUUGUACAUGUACAUUCUUUUUUAGAAGAAUUAUUUUAUUAGCCUGUGUGCAGAGGCCUCCUUCCCUCGAGGGGAAAUGUGUACACACGCAGGUUAUAUUUUAUAGGGAUAUUGAGGUUGAAAUGUGUAAGAGUGUACUUGCUAUACUGGAGUUAUUAAAUAGGGGUAUGUUAUCCUAGGGUUUCAAUUAAGGUAUAUUGUGGAAACUCAGUAUAACAAAACUCUUUUUUACAAAGUCCUUCUGUGUAAUGUUUAUCACCUCAGCUUUACAAAACUGUAUGAAAAAGGACCUUUAUUAUGGUAUGCUUGUUUCUUCUGUCCCUUGGCAAAAUAGAUUAGAUUCCUUACUUACUCAGGACAGGAUAUCUGAUUAAAAGUUUAAAGCAAAUGAAAAACAGAUACAUAGUAUACAUGUGCUCAAAUAUCCUGGUUGACCCUAACCAUACAUGUAUGUAACAGAGAAGUUUAUAAGUAUCUCCUCAAUACAUUUUAUUCAAUGCCUCACAGAGUGGGUAAAAAUCUUCCUUAUUUGACAGUAUGGCAUGUGAGUGACUAGUUUUAUUUAUUUAUUUAUUUUUACACCCAGCUCUGUUAUUAAUUGGGCUUAACAUUUUACACCCACAUAAUUGGGUGAUCCCUGUUUUCACUAAAAAUACAUGACCUGAGUCAUCUGAUUGAUAGCUUUGUAAGCUAAUGCAAUUUUGAUAAGAUAAGGAAUCAGUCUGUGAUAUGUUAUUUCCCUGUGGAUGGCUUGUUUCCAGCUCUGUUACUUGAACUCCUGAAUUCGGAUAACACAUGACCUACAAUGCCUGAACCGUUUUAGGAUUGCACAAAAGUCUUUGUCAUCCAGAGAAAUGCAGCAAGGGUUAGGAUAGAAAUCCAAACGUCUGCCUUCAAAACCUUAAAGCAUUUGAUAAGCAAGAGUUGGAUACAUGGUAGAGGUUUGAUAGAGAUGGCAGGAAACUCCAAAAUCACAAAAAUUUUUGACAUUACGCGUUAUCUGAACCAGCUAUUGCACUGGUCCUUUGACCCCAACAUCUACAUACAAAUUCUCCAACUGAUCUCCAUACAUUCCUUGAAAAAUUAGUGAAAGAAUUUAUUAAAAGAUCAAGGAAUUUUUUUGGUGAUCAUUUUAUUUAUUUUCCUAACCUUCCUAUUUAAUUGAGUAUUGACGUUGUUAGGGGAAAAUUAAUGUUGGCCACACUCGGAGUUAAUGGAAUCCUCAGUCUGAAAUGCUUGAAACACUUCCAAUUUUAUAAUAAGAGUAGCAAUAAUAAUAAUAAUAAUAAUAAUAAUAAUAAUAAUAAUAAUACUGUAUACUUAAUCUGGUACAUUACUGAAAUUUUAUUUACAUACCUUGGACGUUCCCAUAAUUAAAUGGACAGCUAUAAUUAUGAAUGAUGGGGUUUAACUUAUGAACAUUUUUAUUUUGUAAUUAAGACAUCCAUAAAGGUUGUAGGAUUUUUUAUGUAUUUAUUUAUUUUUAUGACACUUUUAUCAAAUCAUUUUUACCCAGUUUUUUUUUUUUGCGCAAAUGAUUGUGUAAUUGUUACCACAAAUUUUACUUGAUGCUGCGGCUGGUUAUGGUUUGCCGCCCGGCCAAAGCUUUUAUUUUUUACUCUGGGCGUCCAGACGUUUGUACUGCCAUGAUAAUAAUAAUAAUAAUAGUAAUAAUAAUAAUGAUAAUAAUAAGACAAACUUUAAUGGAUAACACGGUUACUGAAAAUUCCAGUAGUUUUCAUUGUGGUUCUUGCUAAUGUGGGUCCCUCUCCCUCCCAUACUGUUCAAAGGUGUGCUUUUGCAAAGUACAAGCAAUUUUCAACUUUGUGAAUGGGGAAACAGGGAAAGUGAGGCAAAUGUCUACAACUACCAACCUCAUGUCAGAGAAGAAUGAAAUAACCUUUCAGAUUAUAUUAAAAAAUGUGAUCAGAUAACAUGACUUCUCCAUUUUCUGUUGGUAGUGAAGGAAGUGUUUGUCAUAUUUGUUGUCACCUGAUAAAAGUGCAGUCACACUUCAUAGGUGCCAUCUGUUAAGAAAGCACCCACCCACCUUAAUAAGGUCACAGGUCAUACCUGGGGUUUAUCAGUACGUGCAUAAAAUUUCAAGAAAAAUUGGAGAAAAUACUCUGUUUAUGUAACUUUGAGGAAUCUUUAAACAUUGAUGCUGUGUGCUUUGCAAUUUGUCCAUAAAUUUAUUAAUGGCUUUUUCACUUUUUUUUUAUUAGAUAAGAAUUGUGACCGUGUUCCUACCUUGCUAAUCUCACCGGUUGGAUCAGCUUCUUCUGGUUCACAGUCAGAUGUGAGUCAGGCUUGUUCACCCCCUGAUAUAGAAGUGUUUGACUUCAGCGUUCAUAACAACCUAGAAACACUUGACUCAGGAAAAAAGAAAAAGGAACGCCCCUCCUCACUCUCACGGUUCUUCACAAGAGGGAAACAAAGAAAAAGUCUUGUAUUUUCACCAGUUGUUAGAGGUAAGUACAUGUGAAAAAGAAAAUCUUUUUGCCUAAUGCACAUGUCUGAUAUUUGCAAUUGGUUGCUAAAUAAGGAAGAGCCUCUUCCCGGGCUUUCUGUGCCACCCUUUCAUGGGUAGUGAGGGGGAGGAAAGGUAUGUACUGUAUGUCUCUGGUCUGACAUUUAAAAUGCUUAAUUGUUUCACCUAUCAUCCUGUCAGUAUUUUGCUAUUGUAUUUUGUAUUUGUCAUUGUAACAGUUUCUUUUGCCAUUUAAUUUGUUACCAUUUCAUCUGUCACAAGUCUCUUAUUCUCCCAUGAGGCUUGACAGAAUUUACAAAUUAAUAUCACUGUUGGCAAUAGAGUACCAGUGUGAUGUCACAAAUGAUAUUGAAUUUUUUAACUCAUGGGAUCAUUUGUACGGAUUGUUAGAAAGAGGAAGACUGAUGAAGUUUUUGAAUCUUUCUUAUAACUGUCUAGAAAUUAAUAAAACAGAAGCUUCACAAUAGUCCAUUUUUACAGUUACAGGUGGAAAUGAGGCUGGAGUCGACUUUGUUUUGAUACAACCCUUCCUGCUUUAUUAUGUUAAUCCAAGUUGUUCUAAUGCUAACUAGUGUUUUUAGAAUAAUUUUCAUAAGAAAAGAAAAGAGUUUUGUAUAAAAACAAGGUCAACUUCAGCCUCACAUUCACUCAGAGGCUAGUGUACUAAGCUCAUAACUGUAAAAUGGUCUAUUGCAGAGUUACAGUUUCUCUUCCAUUUUUAACAUUGUUUUUUUGUUUUUCAUUUUUUCAACAUUCCAACACAACUAUGUCAACCAGGCCAACAGUUCCUACAAUGGCUGGCUGUUUUUGACCUUUUUGAUUGUUUUCUAACUUAGAAUUAAUUUGAAAUAUUCUUUUAAUUUGAUCAUUUUUUUCUUAGUUUUCAUUUUGUCCCUUGAAAGUGUCAUGGUGACAUUGAAUCUUUUUUUUUUUAACUAUUUCGGCUGAAAUUUAUUCUUAAUUAAAUGUUGUAAUUCAAUUUCAUUAAAAAACCUGUAAGAAUGUGACACUGAGAUUUGUUGCUAAUGUAGCAAGAGACAAGCAGAUUCCAUACUGAACUUUAGGAUCAAUUCUCAAAAGCUCGCUUAAGUCCCUUAUAAAAAAUAUAUUGUUCCUUAAAAUGAAAUUAAAUUCUCUUAUGUAAUUAAAAGCAACCAUCUCUUUUAAGAAUGGCAAUAUAUGAAAUGAUUGUUAUGUGAGUCAUUUCAUAUUAUGUCUAUUCAUGUCAUUUCCAUCAUCGGGUACAUUACAAACUCACAAUGGCCGGCUCUCCAGUUGGCUUGAUUAGCUUAAUGGAUAGAGCAUUGAGUCUGGUCAUGACAAAGGUCAAAGUUCAAUUCCCUGUCGAGCCUGAAUUUUUUUCAGGUUCUUUUUCAACCACUUAGGUUGUUUAUUUGACUGCAAGGAUCAUUUUUAUGUUCACAUCUAUUUUAUAUCAUUUUUGGUUUAUGAUGGAAUAUCCAGAUGUUGACAAUACAAGCACUAGCUUUGCUGAAAAGAAGCGAGUAUGGGAAUUGCACAAAGACAUUCCUAUGGUGUGUUGGAAAGCCAACAUGAUUCUAGCGUGGCUUGAGGUAGAAUGUCAGAUGUCUGUUUACUCACAAAUGUGCUAUGAGAACAUCAAAAGUGGGAAAGUGCUUUUGGAACUCAGUGAUUCUGAGCUGGAAGCUGGACUUGGGAUCAUGAAUACUAUGCAUAGACGUAAACUUAGACUGGCCAUUGAGGAAUACAGGGAUCCAGCUGCAAGGUACAUUACUAGCUAUACCUUUGAACCUCCCCUAAAGCAACCACCCAAAAUGAAUGAUUUAGCAGUCGCCUUCAGGAGGAGGUCGCUUAUGAGAAUCAUCAACACAUCUACUUUUAGGUGAAAGGUUUAUUGCAUACAAUUUUAAGUUACUUAUAAGUGUAGUUCCAUGUUGUCAUUAUAGGUUCAUUGUAUACUCUGGGUGGUGUACUACAUACUGCGAACAGAAACCACAUCGAGCUUCAAUUGUGGAAAAAUUGUGGAAAAUGACACCUUAAUUUUGCGGGUCUUUAAUUUCAUGUUUUUUGCAAUUGUAAAAAAAAAUUUGGAAUUAAAGACCUGCGAAAAGUGAAAUUUAAGCACAUGAAAUUUAAUACCCAAAUAGAAAAUUCAAAACAGAAUUAACUUGUAAUAGAAACAACAUAUUCAGGAUAUGUAAGGACAAACACCAUAUUGCUAACUGGUUUUACUGAUAAUGAUAAUAAUAAUUAAUAAUUUAUGAACUUAUUGUGAGUAACUUAACAUAAGAAUGAUCAGCUGAAUAUUACAACUGCAUUACUUUACAACAAACAGAUAAAAGAUGAUAUGGUAAUCUCCAUUUUAACCUUAGUUUGGAAAGAUUUUACACAUUUCUUGUUCCAGUUUAUCUAAAAUUUUUUAAAGGUUCAGACUUUGAAAAGAAAAAAAAAAAGGGAAGUUGAGAUCGCUUAAAAUCACAAAAAUAAAACCCUGUGAAAUAUUAUCUCAUCAAAAGUGCAAAAGUAAGUAUCCACAAAAUUAAUAAGGUACAACCAUUGUGUCCAAAAGUGGUCACUGUCGCUUAUGAGAGGUUCUGAUUGUAAGGAUUUGAAUGGGAAGAUUUUAGUGUUUUGCUGCGAUAGGUUGUCACUUAUGUGAGGUGGCCGCUGACAAGAGGUGGUUGCAUAUGGAGGUUGGACUGUAUAAAAAAAACCUAAGUAUUUAGUAUUAGACCGAAAAACUAUAAUUAGCACCCAUUUUCAGUUUUCAGUUUCAUGAGGCGUAUGACCAUCAUUGCAGCAAGAAAAAGUAAUAAUCCAUUUUUCUUAUUAUUUCACAGGAAGUACCCAGAAAUCUCCUCAGUAGAUCAUCUGUGGGUAGCUCGUGUCUGGAUAAAGGACCUGGGACUGAACCAGUACUCCUCCACCUUUGAAGCGCAGAUGAUUGACGGCAGGUUAUUAAAUGUCCUUACGAAGAAAGACAUGGAGAAAUAUCUUAAUGUCAAUAAGAAAUUUCAUCAGGUGAGGAAACAAGAAAACACAUGGUCAAAUAUCCGUAUUAUCAAGAAGAGAAUUUAAGGGCUUCAUACUUUUUUGCUACAGAAAUGAAAAGCAAAGCUUAAGUAUGUGUAUGCAUCGCGAUUUAAACAAACAUUUUCAAGCUAUCCCAAGCCUCUGUUUCAAAGUGAGGCUAAGUGAGAAGCCAUUGAUAUGAAAACGAUUUUUUAUUCUCAUGUCAAUAAAACUUGUUUUGACAAGAAAGGUUUUACACUUAGCCAUGUUUGGAAAGUGUAAGGUUGCGGAAAUCGGAAAUGGCCCAUUCUAUUUAUUCCUGGCUUUUGUUUUUGGGUAUGGCAAUGUAUGAUAAUGUGUUUAAAGCAGAUGAAAUAAAAAUUUAAACCAAGAAUAACAACAUCCAACCACAACUUAUUUAUGGAUUAUGUUUUAUUACUUGUUUGCUAUAAAAAUCAUUUUUAUUAUUUGGUUUCUCUUUAUUUAGACAAGUGUCCUUCACGGUAUAAAGUUGCUUCGUAUGAUGGAGUUCAGCAAGGAGGUACAUCUCACACAUUCCUCCAUUUAACUUUGGAAAAAACUACAUACCACUUAUUAACUGAGAGCGAGGUUAUUACAGGGAAAUAUCAGACCGUGAUGUCAAUAAGCCAAGGCUGAGGCCUGAGAUUUCCCUUUAAUGACCGAACGAAUGAGGUUAAUAAGUUUCAACUGAUUUUCUCUGGAACUUUUAAAGUUAUUGUCUCCCCGUAUUAACAGUUAACGCUCAGUUGUUCGUCUGUCCCGCCUAGAUUAGCAGUUGGUACCUGCGGGCCAGUGUAAUUCUUUACUUAAUCUAAAUUCUUGGAAUACAAUUUUGUUGUUCUUCCUGCUUAUUUUGUGACGAACACUGCAAACUGCAGUAGUCAUGAGUAGUACUUUCUUAACCGCGCCUUUGGUAGAUGCUCCAUCUUUUCAGGGCCGUAGCCAGGAAGAAACUACAACCGAGGCGAACACACGGUCCGUUGGUCAGAUGAAAUCUUCCAGUCUGAUUAAAAAUCGACCGUAUUUGAAAAUUUUACCGUUUCGCCUAUCAUUUUUAAAGACGUUGUAUCAUUUUAAAUUUAGCGGCUGAUAGAACGAAGAACACAAAGUGAAGACAAUGACUUGGAUCCUGUUGUCUGGACUAAUGACAGAGUGGCCAAAUGGUGUCGAUCCAUUGACUUGGGAGUAAGUUGUUUGGCUCUACAAAUUCUUUUAAGCUAUAAGUUUUUGGAUCAUUCCUCGUUUUUGGAAACUGCCCACCUACCCCUCCCUUAAGACGACAUUAACACUUAGUUCUCACUUAGGCCAAAAUGUUGGCUUAGGGGAGGGGUAGGUGAGGAUAUGCUUCCGGAUUUGUCUUAUUUAUGGUAUUCAGAUUUGCAGCAGUUAAUUCACUUGAGACACUCACUCAGAUAAACAGGCUAACUAUUUACUAGAGGAGACUGUUCUGGAUUCAUAACUGUUUCUGGAUUUAUAACAUUUACGGUAUAUAGAUUCGCAGACAUUUACACGCAUCAGUAAAUCUGACAACAUUCUUUCAGAAACAAAGUCUCCACUUAGGGCCUGUUUACAUGCAGGUGGGGAACCCCAGGUAGGUGAGGUAAACUAUGGCAGGUCACCCCACCUAUCAUGUAAGCGUGAUCAAAUUAUAAUGAGAGAUAAUAUGGACAAUACCUAAGCGGGUUACCUCACCUACCUGGGAUCCCCCACCUCCACGUAAACAGGCCCUUAGAAUCCGGAUUCAAGAUGUCCGGACACGCGACUAAAUUGAAAAGUUCUAUUUCAGAUUCACUAAGCCGGUACUCAAAUAUCUGGAUUCGGAUUUCGUCACGAACCCGGAAAUUCCGCCCCCAGUUUAAACCUUCAAGAACAUCACGUUCACAUUCAUAUCUUUAUCCCUCGUUUAAAAUAUGAUUCAUUUUAGUUACAGUAUACACGCACUAAUAAGAACCUACUGUUUUGGAAGGCUGGCAAAAUAGGUUCUUGUAUUUUAGGGUACUUAUUGGCAAUUUGGGCUAAGUAAGUUCUUAAUUAGCUUCUUAAUUUUUUAUGAGGGAGCUAAUGGAUUGUAGCCUGCGAAGAGCAGACGCAUUUCCGGUCGUCGGUUCUCUCCCUCCGAAAAAUAGUGGAUUGUUGAUUACCAGAAAAAUUUGUAAACUUUUUAUUUAUCCACAAUGUAUUAUUAUAACCCUAACAAAACUGAUUACCAAAUUCAUAUACAUGUACAGUUUAAUACAGUACGUACCUGUAACCCACACAUAAGAACCUUCUUGAUCCUGACUGGCUUAACAGGCUCUUGCAUUUUAGGACGUUAAAGCGGCAAAUUUCUGCCAGGAAGUUCUUAAUCCAAAGUUUCUUAUUAGCGGGUGUUUACUGUAUUUCAAUUCAUUUCAUUUCCAUGCUCUCCAGUUGGCGUGAGUGGUCGGGGUUUGAUUCCCGGACAAGCGUGAAUUUUUUUCAAGUUCUUUUGUUUUUCAAUCGCUUAGGUUCUUUCUUCUGCGAAGAUCAUUAUGUUCACAUUCUUAAAUUGAGAGAACCACUCCCCCCCCCGCCCCUCAAAUCAAGGAUGAAUAGUAUCGUGUUUUGGCUUUCGCUAUGCUUCACCCUUUAUUUGGGGGGAUGGGGAUUUGAUAUUCCAUUUUAUUUUGUCUAAGAUUGUGGCUUUAAUUGGUAAGAACCCUGCUUUUAAAUGACAAGGGGCUUUACAUUUUUUUCUGUGGUCCUUUGAAAUAUAGAGCAGCUGUAUGAAUAUUUAAAAGCAAUAACCUGGAAAUUUUGUCUUUAUUUUCCUUUGAAGAUUAUAUGUUCUGUGCGAAUCACGCAUUGUUGACUUGAAUUUCUUCGCAUUUAUAUUUUAUUUAGUGAUUUCCAGGGGCGGAUUCAGGAAUUUUUGAUUGGGGGGCGGGGGGGUCCAAACUUUGGUUCAGAAAGGACUGUUGAACUUUUUUGUGCCAAAUUACUUCUCACAGAGACGACCACGAGUUUUUUAAUCUGUGAACGCCGGUUGCCGUUGGCGUGGAAAAUAUUGCUUUGCGAGCAGAGGCGAACAGAUCAUAGGAGGAUACCCAAAAACAAUUACAUUUUUGAAUAUCCGAAAAGUGCAACGCGCGUUUCAUUAAGAAAAAUCAGCCAGUUAAAAAGUGAUAUGCGAUCCUGUCGAUGUAAGGAUUUCUGUCUCAAACAAGCGUGAGGUCUGAUGGGGGUCCGGGCCCUCCCGACCCUCCCCCUGGAUCUGCCACUGAUGUCUCCUUUCUUAUUCUUUGUCAAUUUGGUUUCAAAGAUGACCGUUUCUGAUUUUUUUCCAGAUUCACUUAAUUUGCUCUGAGGCCCUGUUUACAUUGGUCCGGACAAAUUUUUAAUCUGUGUGAUCCGUUUACGCGAAAGCGUACAAGUUCUGCUACAGACAGCAGUACUGUUUAAAGGAGUGUUUAAAGGCGUGCUUUUGUAAUGGUCGUGAGUUUUCAAAGCUUAUAUACUGUAUUUCCCUUGACAGGAGUAUGCUGAUAACUUGAAAGACAGCGGUGUGCAUGGUGCUGUGUUAGUCUUGGAUCCCAUAUUUGGUGCUGAUGAACUCGCUCAAGCUCUUGGUAUUCACGUAUCCAAGAACAUCAUCAGGAGACACUUAACUUCUGAGUUGUUAUCUGUGUUGGUUCCUGCGAGGUAAUGAAAAUACAGUCCACUUUUACAUGUGUAGGCGUCAUACUGGCAGCUGGCUUAUUGGUUUUACGUCCCACUCUUUCCCUCCAAAGAUAAAAUUCACUCCCCAAAUCAUUUUUUUGUAAAAUCCUUAGAAAUGAAGAGUGUUGAGCGAACGUUCUGCAAACGGGGCUCAUAUGAUUGGUGUUAUCAUAGGAUUUCUCUCACAGAUAUAAAACUACAGACUAAGUAACUGGUACCAUGUGAAAGUACUGCUGAAGAGGUCUUAUUUAAAUGGUAACACCAUAGGAUUUCAUCCACAGACUCAAAAGUUAGAACUACAUACUAAAUAAAUAGUACAUGUGAAAGUACUGCUGAAGAGGUUUCAUUUGAAUGGUAACACCAUAGGAUUUCAUGCACAGACUCAAAAGUUAGAACUACAUACUAAAUAAAUAGUACCAUGUGAAUACUUCUGAAGAGGUUUCAUUUGAAUUGAAUGGUCACACCAUAAGAUUUUUUCAACAGACUCAAAAGGUGGAUUGACGAAUAAUCUAACUACAGCGUGGUCUAGCUUUGUUAAUAAUCCCUUUUCUUUUCUUGACUGUUGAUAGGGAGCACAUGGACUUUGAUGACACGGAUGUAAAAGGCAAACAAAAACAAAAGCGACAUCGUUCUCUUAGUUUUAACUCUGGCAGCAGAACCAGCGUGCGCUCAGAAAUCAAGAGACACAGCUUCAGGGUAAGUCAGUAUAUUCAAAUAGCAUUAAUUAUAACUAUGAUAUGUUUUGCAUGCUAUUAAUUGUACAUCAUCUCAUAGUGUGGUCCAAUAGGCCAUUUUAGAAUUGUUUGCUUAGUGUCCUGGCCUUGAAUAGAAGCGAGGCUGGAGGUGACAUUGUUUUGUUACAGACCUUCAACAUGUAGAUGAUCAUGUUCAGGCGCAUGUUAGCAUGAGAAUAACACGAGGUGCUUGUUUGUUACAUAACGAGGUCACCUCCAGCCGCGCUUCUAUUCAAAGACCAGGGCACUGAGCAGCGCGUGGUGGCCUCCCAGAGCUGUAGAUAGAACAAUUUACAGAAUGCUCAGCGUAUUUAUUCGGAAAAGCACCUCCCUCGGAUAAGUGACACUCUAAACAGCCUGAAAUACUAAACGCCCCGUAACUCAGGAACGCAGCUCAACAAAGCGCUGAGCCAAAACGGUCUGGAAAUCAAAGAAGCGCUGCGCGAUUAUUCGAGUAAAUACGUGAAAGAGCCGUUUUCAAUUGAGUGUCGAAUUCAACUUUAUUAUUGCUUUGGUUUUGAAUGGCUACGGUUUGUGAUUGGCUAAAAAUCUCGCGCAAUUUUCUUAAUCAAUCAGAAGUGAAGUCAAAACCAAUCCCGACCGGCCUUGCGUUUUCCCGCGCUUGACGCGGCUGCAUGUAGUUGCUUUGGAAUCUAUUUGGUAUCGUCUGUCCUUAUUGUGAUUGGCUGAGGGGUUAGUCGUGGUUACACACCCCGUGUUGCAAGAAUUUCCUGUGGUUUGGUAUUUGUCCUCCCAUACCAAGACAAACGCGGUCACACUCAAGUUUUUUCCCGCGGUACCUGCCGCUUGCAGCCCGUCAUUUUAUGCGCGGGAAAGGAGCCGGCCCUCGACUCAACUCUUGAUUGCUGGCAUGGUCUCUUCUUUGGAACAUUUUCAGGGUUCGCACAGUCUUAAAAGGUCCUUCAGUGCAAUAAACCAUUGAAAAGUCCUUGAAUUUGAGACGUUGAUUCCUGUUUUUCAAAAUAUGUCUGUUCUCCGCCCGCAAAAGGUAGCACAAAUAUGCUCGCCUGCCAUUCCACAAGUAAAGUGACCGGAAGCUGUAGGUAGAUGAUAAUACGUUUACAUAUAUACACUGUUUACAGGUAGCCAUUACGGCACCUGAAGGAGGAUCAUGAGGUUAUCCCUCUGUUAAGAUCUCUCCUUAAUGAUAACCCAUCCAGCCCAGGGUCUACGUCCCCUACUCUUUUCCAACCGGGGUAGUGUGGGUUCUUUUACAUCCCACAAGAACCAGACAAGUGAAAGUGCUGUGAGACGGGGCCUACGGUUUUUCUUCCUUAUCUGAGAAGACUAGGAAGUCCAUCCGUUUGCAGAUAUCAUUACAAAGGCAGCACUUUCUUCUCAGUUAUUUAAAGGACCUGAGAAUUGGUCCGGCUGGGGUUUGAACACGCGACCAUCCUCCGAACAAUCUCUUCUCGUGGAGGACCGAGAGAGCGGCGGAAAUCCAGCCUAAACCAAGGUUACCGUCAGUAAUACGAGUUGGAGUUACACCGCGUCUUUUUCUGCGGAACAAUACUCUGUUACAAAACUACGCGUGUGACCAUAACUUGACGUAGGACGUAACCUUGGAGACAGGGGGUUCGUACAGGAAGUUAAGAUCCAAGAACGUUCAAGGACUUUUCAAGGGCUCUUACAUGGACAACCAUUUGAAAUUAAAGGAGCACUUUCCAGGCAUGACUAUAGCAAAAAGGGGGGUCCAAGACACCAGACACAAUGCCAUGAAAUGUCAGCUCUGAGCGACAAAAAUCCACGUGACAUUCGCACAGGCCUGGUUAGCUCAGGUGGGAGAGCACCGGUCCGCUAAGCGGAAGAGCGCAGGGUGGAUUCCCGAACAGCGGUUGGUAAUCGAGCCAGCCUCACCCUGCUUUGGCAUUUUCGACAUUCAAUUGAAAACCGUGUUUAUUAUUUCAGUAGAUGUCUUGUGAGUGUUUUUGAUGUUUGAUGUGUGUAAAGUUUUGAUCUUUUAUUCACAUUACGUUACUUCAUGCCGACAAAACGUAACUUUAUAAAUAGAGUGUCCGUUAUUUAUAAGUUAAGAUUAAAACUUUAUGUCACCUUAAAAGCACCCACUCUGGUCUGUCGUUAAUACCACAUUAUUUGUAUAAAAAGACCUUUAAAUUUAUACACAUGUUAAGCUGAACGUCAUCUGAGAUAAAAUCAUGUAAUAAGUCAUAUUUAAAGUAAGGUAAGAAGUUACUAAAGAAAAUGUUCACAAAUUGAUAAACCUUCAAUUGUUACAUGUAAUUUAAGCUAAUUUAAGGCAUUCUUGAUUUUAUUUAACGAUAAAUUACGUGACAAUUAAAUUUUAAAGUUAGUCUCGUGAUUAACAGCCAUCUUUUCUUUCCUCACAAUCCUUCUUUUCUUUUCAACUAUAUUUUAUUGUUAGGCUUGAUACUAAUUCCACUUGUUUUUAACGUUUUCUUUUAAUAGCUGUUUGUAUGCGUUACUUCAAACUCUACUCAACAGUGCUAUUCUGUUUUCAAACUCUUCUUUCUAUAGAAGGUCAAACUCUGCGCUAAGUCGACAAUGGAAACUCAUCUUUGAUGCUGGCUGUUCAGUGACUACAUUUCAAUGUAAAUACUUGAAAAUCCUCACAGCCUCAUAAAUGCUCCUGAUUAAAUGAUCCUCAGAGCCUUGUAAACUUAAAUUCAAGGACAAUGUAGCUGGUAAACAUGAACCCAAACUUAAAGUAUAAACUUAGCGGACUCUGUACAUUUUAUACAAAAAUAGGGAACAGCAACUUCUACUUUGUCCUCGGUGACAACAGAUUUUAAUUUUUUUUUUGUAAAAGUAAGAACAAAACGGGUUCACAAUUGGAAAAUGCUAAAUGUAACAGAACUUUCCACAAAGACCAAGAAAGGUAAUUAAAUGCAUUCAAAAUAGUUUCUGAGAAGAAUUAUUGACAGAGGAAGCCUUGAUGUAAGAAAAAGACAAACCUAAAACUGAAUUUACUGAAUGAAUUUUUUUCUUCAAUACGUACGGUUAAAUUUAGGCUAUCCGGAUAAAUUGUUAAACAGAAGCAUAAAACAAAAACGCGUUGCCUUGAAGAAAAUUGAACCAGACACUAAAAAUUCACGUUUGCCUGCAUGGCAAACGUUUGAAAGGGAAGGAAAGGGAAUUUCAGUGCUGAAAUUGGUAUUGAAAGAGAAAGUGAAGGAGAUUCGGUGCGCGCGAGAAGGGUGAAAGGUGCGCGAGGGUCUCUCGCGCGGUCUCGCGCUCAAAUUCCCUUCCCCUUCCCUUUCAAACGCCUGCCACGUGGGCUAAAUCCACGGCCGCGUGCAGAUGUCUCCUAGAUAAUGCCUUAAAACCAAUGCCUUCCAUCAGUAAGAAACAUCUAACAGAUCUCCUCAAUGGGUCAUAUAAGUUGGUUUUGCCAUCUUCCACAUAAACUUUUUCAAGUGCUUUAAGGAGAGAGAGCAUUUAUUUGUCUGUGAGGAGGAUGACACGGCUGUGCUUAUUUUAGUGCAUGCAUUUAAAACUAGAGUUUACAUAAAACCAGAAACUCAUAAGUGGUUGAUUCAACCCCUUAUCAGUUUCUGAUUAAACUCAACACUCAGUCGUCUAGUAACCAUUUAAGACACUCCUUUUUUCCCAUCUCUUUUUAGUUUCUUGCUAUUCAAAUAUAUCUAUAGCAAUUGGUACUCAGCGCUGUCAUUAAGGGACGUAACCCGGGACACUUGUUAUGGCUGAGCACACUUGAUGUUACGGGUGAUCAAUGUGGAAAGCUGCUGCGGCUGCUUAAAAACUUAAUGACAGGCCUGCGGUAGUACGCUUAUCACGUUGUUCUGCGGCAUGAGAUCUUCCAAUAUGCGUGCAUUCUGCAAAGCCUAUACAUAUACCUACUUUCCUUUUGAGAUGGAUCUUACGAUCUGUUGACAUUCAUGUAUUCUUCCGGUAGCAAUCUGCGCUCUUCUCAAAUCUCUUACCACCUGCAUUGUGUCUUUCAUUCACCGUUUGUGGCUACCAAUACUUCCUGACACCCAAUUAAAAUUACAUGUCUACCAGAGUUCAGUUGCAGUUGUUCAAAAGGACAAAGGUCAAUGGCAUCAACCAGCUUCUUCCUGCCUCUUGCGACCGAUUUUUGGCGGUAGUCGUGGUGCAAGGAGUAAUGGGAAGGGGUCACCGGGAAGGAUCAUGGGAAGGUUUAAAAAAACGCAAAGGCACAUGGGUAGGCUCAACUUGCAAAGCGAACCAAUUGCACCGCGACUACAGCCGAAAAUCAGAAAAAAAACUCCUUGGUUAAAAGCAGAGCCUCUGCUUUGUGAAUGAUUCAAACCCAGGGGAAAUAAUGUCACAAGCAGAUUGAGAAAAGGAUCGUCGGUUGGGCUGAUUGCAACCGCGGAAGAAACAGUAUGUGUCAGUGACUUCCUUAUGCGCGUUCAAGUUAGAAGGAGUGAAAGAUUGUUUGGCGAUGCAAUUUGCAGUGGGCCGAUAAGAUUACAUUGUAGUCCCCUUUCUACCUUUUGAACGACUGAAGAUGGAACUGUACCUACCCUGAUAACACUUACGUUCACACUUAAUUCCUACGUACUUGGCCUGCGAACCCAAAACAGUUUGCCUUGUUUCCAUGACUACCCGUACGAAGUCUCUCCCAUCUUGACUUUUUCUUGUGUCCUCACUGACAAGUCAGUAGUUAUUCUUACCAGAUAUCACACAGGUGUUAGUUUAGCAUAUUGCUUAGUCGAUCGUUUCCCCGAUGAAGUAGAACGAUUCUCUUUGACUUUGAAGUGAUUACGCUUGAACAAAACUUAAUCAACGAACUAGCAAAAACAUAAGAAUUUAAUUGGUUUGGAGAAGAUGCAACGCAUUCCCAGCUGGAAAGUGGUUUCUCUAUAGAAAUUUUCCGUGACUUAGGGAAACAAAAACUGAGUUCCUAACGAUGCUUUUUCCACCGUAGGAUUUUCUUGGACGGCAUAACAACGAGUUUAUGUUGUAAUCGUUUUCAUUAUUAGAGUAAUUUAGAUUCUAAGACCAGGAUGGCUACGAGAACGAGAUUUUCUCAGUACUAAGUAGUGCACGCGUGCGAGUCAACGUCAUUUUGGCGGGAAAACGUGAUUGGUUUUAGCGAAAAAGUCGUAGUGACGAAAACAAGUUAUCAAAUCUUACAAGUUUUAUCAUUUUGCAAUCGGAAGAGGGCUAUUUCAAUUAAAAUAAACGUGUUAACUUUUCUGUUGAAGAAAGUAAAUUGAAGCUUUCCGUGGUGUAUAAUUUUUUUAGGAAUACGAGACAAAACUUUCAAUUAUGAAAUCUCGUCCUCGAAUCUAAUAAAGGUCAGUCUAUCGAAUGGGAAAACAAAUAGCGAACACUUAUGCAGAAGACGCUUCUUGAGGUCAAACGAAAAUCCAACUCAGGCUAUUACCCGAGAUUUUGUCCAUUUGUAUGAAGUUCACGCGCCGCUGGCGUUUUACAGGCUCAGGUCAAACGUUGACCUUUUCGAGUUUUUCAUAAAACGAAUCAAAUUCCACUUUGGUCGACCUAAAUAUUUGGGUUAAAUUCGACCAAUUCCGUGUUUGACGUCGAUUUUAACUCAAUUUUGGAUGGACAAACACGUUUUAUCUGUCUCAGUGAAGCAGACCAAGUUUCGAAAUUUAUCAUGAACUUAAUCUUCUCAAUUUGUUUCGCCUCCUUGUUUGAGUUGGGCAUCAGUUUCGGUUAAAGUGACGGAUAAAAAUACCACUCUAAACCUCCCCUUUGGAGAAUAGUUGUUAACUAGUAUUAACUUGUAGGGCGAUGAUGAUGUUGACAUUAAAAUAUAUAUAUAUAUAUCCAGUAAUCCUUAAGAGUUUAAUAGUUUUUGUUUAAAACCAGCUAAAUUUUGCAGCAUCGUGUGUACUAUGAAGGUAAAUACAAAUACAUUAAAUUGAUAAACUGACUUUAUUUGUAUCAAUUCCUUUACGUUAAAUCGUUAUCGUGAUUGAUGUCAAAUAUUUUGAAAAGAUUUUCAAACCGAUCUGGUUGUUGUGUUUAACUUAAUGAUUGUUCUAUCCAAUGUUAUAAGCCGAUAGCUACAAUCUGCAGUCUGCAGUUGAAUUCACUUGGUUAGACCGGCAGCACAUAUCUCAUUUUUAGCCAUUCCCAUGCUAACUGGCCGAAAACGGGUCUAAAAAGGUGGAGUUGGUAAAAAAAAGGCCAUCACCAGCAAUAGAAGAGUUGAGCAGGAGAUGAGAAACCUUAUUUUUUCUGUUGAGUACUAUGACCAACAAACUUCUUAAACCCAAUAAAGGGGGUGGGAUUGGUGGGGCAAGAGGGGGGGGGGGACAGGACCCUCCCAUCGGUUCAAUAAAAGCGGUCACUGAGGCAGUUCGGUUUUUAGAUACCUUCAUAUCUAUCAAACACCCCAUCUAACAGUGCAUUUAUGUGUGCUCAAUCUAACCACGUAAUGUUGUCCUUUCUUUAGGAUUCCUUUAUGCUUCGAUCCAGUUCCAAACGGAAACCUUACAGAGCCAGCAGCGAUGAUACUGAUGUUUCCAACGUGCCUUACCCCGCCGUGUCACCAAGAGGUUCACUUAGAAGGCCUCGCACACGACCUAAAUCAUCCUUUCAGUAACUCAAAUUAAUACCCUUAAUAGAGAUGAGAACUCGUUAUGUCACGUUCCCGUGGUAGCAAAAUUUGUGGAUCCCAACAAACCGUGAUUCCACUCAGGAACAAAACGGCGGUCCAUACUUUUCUUCCGUCGUUCAACAAUAGAAAUGACCUUCUCUGUCAAGAACGAUUGUUGAGAUCCAGAAAUUUUUCUACCAUGGCAAUGUGACGCCACACUUCUCCUCUCCAUAGGAAGCUUAAGCAACCACAACGGUUACGGCAGCGAGAACGUUCCUGACAAAUUGUGUUCGCACCGUUUCAGACUUUGCGUCGUGCAAUUUGUCCAAUGUUGCAUCCUCAGGUACUGCAUCCAAGUUCAGUGAAAAAAGUAAAAUUAGUCGUCGUAUGCCUUUAUAAAACGUUCCAUUGAUAUGUUUGACGUUUUAAUCGUGCAGUAGCCUGCAGUACGGACGAAUUUUGCAGCGCGAGUGAUGAAAUUAACGCUGGCUCGACAUCUUGGAUGCUGAAACUGACAGAGGGUUAGGGCGAGUCAAAAACUUAUCCUUAAGGAGAGGACGACGGGAUGAAAAUAGAGGAAGGGGAGGGGGGGGAGAGGUGUUCCCUUUCUCCUCCCCGCCCCUCCCCACUUAACGGCUCCAUCUCCCUUAUUAUUAUGUUUUGUUUGCUUUCAAGAUGGCGGCCUGACGCGAUCAAUGUAAUCCGCUUUUGAACCCAUUCAGUGCUUUUCUAAUUUUCGUGGUAACGUCGCCGUCAUUGUUGCUUAAGCUGCUCUUUAGUAUUAAAUCUGUAAAGGGGCGGUGUCCGACAAACGCAGACUGCAAACUUGCAGACUGACAGGUAAUCAUUGUUGUAAAAUGCUCUAAUCCUAACCCUAAC